AUGUAUCCUGGAUCCUCCACCCCCAGCACCCCUUUUGGGGUAUUUCCGUGUCAAUCGGUGUGGAUCUUUAUUGGAUUCCAGUGCUCGUUUAGCCCUGUCAUUCAGCUUCCUGCAAACGGGACAUGUCGUCGAACAGACGCCCACUUUGAUGGAAAUUGUGGCUGGCAUCGUGUUAUACCCGCCGCCUGUUUUCGGCCGAGAGCCACCUCGUCAUCGACGCUUUCGUCUCCGAAUCGGCCAAUCCCUCUUACACGACUCCCCGGUAACGAUGCCAGUUCAACAUACUUCACCGUGCAUUUCACACCGCAUCGGAACCCUAUCACCGACAGUCGACCGACAAAGUCAAAGUCCGUUUCCAACAUGUCGUACGACAUGCCUGCCAACUCACCUCGGCUGGUCUAUCCUUGGUUCUCUGUUCGAAGCGUGGCGCCGAGGCCCUUCCGCUUGACAACUCACUACGACUUUCCUCAUGGCGAAUUCUUAUCGGCAGUCAUUGGGCUCGGCAGUGAUCCGGUGUUAGUGUGGAUCCUUGAGCCUCAAAUCAGCCGCAAUUGCAUGUGUCGUGAGCUCCGAAGCACUGGCCAACAACAUCAUGCUUCCAUCCUUCGAACCCCGAUAAAUCUCCAUGGGCCGAGUUACGGAGCCCAGAGUGAGCUUCAUGGCGGCACACACAUGUGAGUGUGGACCCUGGCGAACCACUGUACGAGACUUGUCACGCAAUGAUUUUCGCAUCACCGAUCGUGGACGCACAUCUAGCCAAGCCUUGUGCUCGAGGGGCGUGCGGCUCUUCCUCAGGGAUGCCUCGAAAGCCAAGCCGGGCCGAGCCAGCGGCGCCAGUCCAUUGAAUGAAGCUGCAUAUCCUCGGGUAACCUGCAGAUGGCUACCGACAUGCAAUGCCGUGUCCAUGUGCUUCAAGUGGAGUCUUAUUUCGAUCUUUAAUGGGAACAUGAAUACCGAAAAGAAUCCGUCCGCUAUCGCUGCCGCCUUGCUCCAAGAAUUUCCAUCGCAAUAGGUAUCGAACCAUCAAAGUCCGUCAGAGGUCGUUGUACAUGAUGAGCCGAGGAGUCUCCUGCUCACAGACAGCCCAUGUCCAUGCCGCACUCGGCAGAUAAUUCAGCAGCACAGC